AUGUCCGCCUACGUGUCGUCGACCCGCGUGGAGGAGCGCAUCGCGAAGCGCGCGAGCCUGAACGCCGGGAGCUGCGACGUGCCCGUUGUGGUGGAGAGCGCGCAGGGCGGCAAGGCGCACUUCAGCGUGCUGCCGCGCGACGCGACGGUUGCGCAGCUGACGAGCGCGGUGCGCCGCCUCGACGGCGUCGACGCGAGGAAGGCGGUGUCGCUUGCGGUGGCGCAGUGCGCCGUUGCGCCGACGACGACGCUUGGCGAGCUGCACGACGCGUGCAAGCAGGCGGACGACGGCAUGCUGUACGUCACCUACACCGCCGAGGCCGCCAUGGGUGCCACCGUGAACGUGUGCGGCAUGACUGCUGCCUGGUAG